ACAAAAGGAUAAAAGGACAUGGCAUUUAUCCAUGUAGGGUCUUCUUCCUUCUCUUAACUCUCUACUCUGCUGAAGGAUUCCCUCCUCCUCAUACCAAUCCAACCACGUAAUAGGAAAUAAUUAAUGCAGCCCUGAUUCCCUUUCAUCCAUCAGAUCAGACCCGGACACAUGAGCUCUUUCUCUCUCCCUCUCUCUCUCUCCACUCAUCAUAAUCAACACUCGAUACUAUUGAUCAUUAUCCACUCUUAAAACAAUCAUCUCUCGAAUAUCAACAAUAAAUUCAUGUCUUCUUUACUCAUCCUUAUUCCAUUUUCUUCUCUUUCUUCUUUUCCCUCUUUUUCUCUUAUACUCUUUCCUUUUUUCUCUCGCUGGAUCUCUGGAACGACAAGAAGGGGGAACGGAUUUCCUAUUACAUCGAGUGGACUACGAAAAUAGCUCUUUUUUUUUUUGUUUUUUUCCGAAUUGUUUGAUCCAACCACAUCCACAAUGUUGUCCGCAGAGGAUGCGGCCAUUGCCAAUUCUUUGUCCCAAACCUUGUUUCCAGGGGCCUAUGCGCCCUUCCCUGUCUCGUCAGCAAGUAUAUCCGAAGCAUCAGCAUCAACAAGUGAAGGAGAAGUUGUUUUCGGAAAUAUUGUCACCACAAGUCGCGGCAAUGAGCAGACGACAACCACGACGACGCCCAUUGUAAGCAGUAACGAUUAUCAUCUCUUUUUUGAUCCUUUGCAUAUACACCAAGUCCAAGGCCAGAAUCAACAACAUCGCAAUAAUGGAAACAAUGGUAUCAAAAGGGCCAGAGAAUGGACAGCAGAUGAGCUACAGGCGCAGUAUUUGGAUGAAGUGGAAGAGUAUCAAUGGACACAAACUAUGGCUAUUCGGGCCAUGCUUCAACAGCAGCAACUGGGUGCGCAGGCGCACCCACAGACCUCAACCAUGUCUCAGACGUCUCAUCUUCAGCCGCCGCAACAUCAACCCCAAUAUCAAUACCAAUACCAAUAUCAAUAUCAAGAGCAGAGCGGCAUCAUUGGAUCUGCUACAACUGCUCGGCAAUAUCGUAAUCAACCACUCCAAUCACAAAGCCGGCCUUUGAAUCAACAACAACAGCAUCAACAACAACUUCAGCAUCAAGAACGACAUCACAUGCAUAACAACCAAACGACCAUCAUCCCUCUCACUUUACAUUCUCAGUCGUAUCAUCCACCUCUAAGACAACAUCAACAAACAUAUAAUUAUAAUAAUAUGCCAAGAGAACAUGUGGUCCCAACGAUGAGUUCAGCUCCAGAUAUCGUGAGAGCAAUGGGAUCUAGUAUCCCAGCUAUUACGAGUAUGAGUCUGAAUACGGACACAACUAUGAAUACAGCUAUGACUACGAGCGCUACUGUUGCUGCAAUGCCAAGUCCUGUCUUUGGCGUGACUUGGAGCGGUGAUGAAAGCACAGCUCUACUAUUACAACAGCAACAACAACAGCAGCAGCAACAGCAGCAACAGCAACAGCAGCAACAGCCAUUACAGGCCAAUUACAAUGCUUCAGCGCAGCCACCGACGCUAUCAUUGAUUAGCGGUGGAAUGGCCAAUAACAAGAGCAAUAGCGAUAAUAGUGACAACAGCAACACCAACCCGAACUUCAACAACAGCACGCUUCUUAACUUUAACCAUAUUCCACAGCAAUAUGCCACAUAUUCAAUAUCUUCUCCUUCGCCUUCGAUAAUGUCUGCUACGGGAGAACAGCAAGAAUCUAGAUAUGGAAAUGUGUAUGGAUAUGGGGGUCUAGGGAUCUCUGCUCCUGUACCCUCCAUCCCUAGCUUUCCAUAUUUUCCACCGGCUAUCCAGGUAAGUUAAGCAUGCAUAACAGAGGUCCUUAUAGUAUUCAACUAUGUGUUUCUUAUUACAGAAAGACGAAUUAUGGUUAUGUUUGCGCGCCAACAUAUUUUUAUUCGACAGUGAUAAACACAAACACAGAACACAAACACAGACAGGGGUGCAGGGGUGAUGGAAUUUAGGGGAGGCCAACCUGGUAAUUUGUUAUAUUUUUAGAAACACACAAAAACAAACUCUAAAUUGAUCAAGCAACCCAGUCAAUUGCUUUCACACGCGCCUUUGAAUUAUGGUCGAGGCCUUUUCAUUG